UUUUUUUUUUUCAUUCUUUCUUUUCUACCUUUCUUUCAUUAAACAGGAAUAAUGCCAGUAAAACGAUAUGAGUUCAAUCCUCCAUCCAAUAUAGACGCUAUUCGUUCUAAUAUUAUGCAACGUAUUAAAAAAGAAAGAUAUACAACAAAAUCAUUAAACUUUGAUAACGGACUUCCUUCUCCUCCAAGUGAAGCCUGUAGUACGUUUGAAGACGAAAUAAGUUUAACUGAACCUGUUUCUCCAGUGGAUAGUGUACCUGACUCACCUUUAUUAUCGACUCGAGUGGAGGAAUCCUCUGAUGCCAUUCGUGAAAAGAUUAAACUUUUAAAAGAAGAAAAACAUAAAUUAUUUCAAACGAUGAAGGACUUAUUAUCUCAGCCAAAGGAUACAACUACAACGAAUGCCAUGACAACAAAGCCUACUAUCGCAACCACCACCACUUCUUCUUCUUCUUCUUCCUCACUCAACUUACACCCUACUACUCCAAUAAGACCCAAUAACAACAACACAACGACGAGACCUCGUAUUUCUGAAUUUAACUGUAGAUCGAUAUCUCGGUACAAUUAUCAUGAGCGUAGAUCUCCAACUCGAUUCUACACCAAUGAUACUACUCGAGGAUACCCUUAUAAUUCGACUAUGACUAGUAGUCAUCAUCAUCAUCAUUAUCAUCGUUCGUCUUCUUCUUUAAAUAUGUCUUCUUCUUCCUCUCGUCGUAGUAGUUGUAGUAGUAGUAGUAACAACCCUUCUUACGUAUCAUCGCGAUUAACAACAGUAACAAGUAAUAACAAUAGACCUGCAAACAUACCUUCUUUUCGCUUAACAAGUCGAUAUUCAAGAUAUUAACUGAAUAAUGAAAUUUCCCUCUCUCUCUUUCCCUCCUUUCUUUCUUUUUCUUCCCUCCUUUUAUUUUGCUUUAUUUUUAUUUUUACUCUUUAUACAUAUAUAUAUAUAUAUAUU